UUCCAAUCCGCCAGAUGCCGCUUUUUAAAUUUUGUUAGCGAGACUGUUGUCAAAAAGCAGCAGUAAACGGAACGACGUCGUGGUGGUGGAAGGCCCGAAUACCGAGUGUCGUGUUCUACCUCAGGUUUCAUUUUAAAUCUUCAAACGACAAUUUUAUCGUCUAAUUAAGUGUCGGAGUAACUUUAGUGCGGUUACAUUUGAAGGCAACGCAAACAAUUGGUGGUGAUUGUACCUCGUAGCUUAGCUAGCAGUUUCCCCUCUGCCGCUUUAGCUAGCUUAUCGGUUUUAAACCAACCCUCCCCCAUUUUUUUAAAACAAGCACUUUCGUUCAAAAUGAGCGCCGGAACCGGGAAGCCGGCGAACCCGUCGACACACGUCGACCCCAAGACUGCUCCCCUCAAGGAGAUCCCCGAAGUCCUGGUCGACCAGAGAACCAUGAGACGCUACACGCGGGGCCGCUUCCUCGGCAAGGGAGGCUUCGCCAAGUGCUACGAGAUAACCGACGUGGAAAGCAAGCAGGUGUUCGCCGGCAAGAUAGUUCCUAAAUCGCUGAUCCUCAAGCAGCACCAGCGGGAGAAGAUGACCUCGGAGAUCACCAUCCACAAGAGCCUCCACCAUGCCAACAUCGUCGGCUUCCACGGCUUCUUCGAGGACGACGACUUUGUCUUUGUGGUGCUGGAGAUCUGCAGGAGAAGAUCGUUGCUGGAGCUGCACAAACGUCGCAAGGCGGUGACGGAGCCCGAGGCGCGCUACUACAUGAUGCAGCUGCUCAAAGGCGUGCAGUACCUGCACGACAACAAAGUCAUCCACAGAGACCUCAAACUGGGAAACGUCUUCCUCAACGACGACAUGGACGUCAAGAUCGGUGACUUCGGAUUGGCAACCAAGAUCGAGUUUGACGGCGAGCGGAAGAAGACUCUGUGCGGGACGCCCAACUACAUCGCCCCCGAGGUUCUCUGCAAGAAGGGGCACAGCUUUGAGGUGGACGUCUGGUCCCUCGGAUGUAUACUGUACACGUUGUUGGUGGGCAAGCCGCCGUUUGAGACGUCGUGCUUGAAGGAGACAUACAACCGCAUCAAGAAGAACAGCUACACCAUCCCAUGGCACAUCAACCCAGCGGCCACGUCUCUCAUCAAGCGGAUGCUACACGCCGACCCCGGCCAGCGCCCCACCAUCGGCGAGAUGCUCGCGGACGAGUUCUUCGCCACCGGCUACAUCCCGCAGCGCCUGCCCACCACCUGCCUCACCGUGCCGCCACGCUUCUCCAUAGCACCCUCCACCGCCGUCGACCCCGCCCAGAGGCGACCUCUGAGCGCCAUCAACAACAAAGGCGGAUCAGAGAAGGUGGAAGCCAAGGAUGAGCAGCUUCCAAGGGACGCGGCGCCUUCAGAACACCUGAAGGACAUGCUACAGCAGCUGAAAAGCAUCAUGGCCGCCAAACCCUCAGAGAGACCCCUCGUUCGCCAAGAGGAAGCGGAGGAUCCCGCCUGCAUCCCCAUCUUCUGGAUCAGCAAGUGGGUGGACUACUCGGACAAAUAUGGAUUAGGAUACCAGCUGUGUGACAACAGCGUGGGUGUGCUCUUCAACGACUACACGCGCCUCAUCAUGUACGCCGACGGCGACAGCCUGCAGUACAUCGAUAAAGCCACGGCAGAGUCGUACAUGAGCAUGCGCUCGUACCCGCCCGCGCUCAACAAGAAGAUAACGUUGCUCAAGUACUUCCGCAACUACAUGAGCGAGCACCUGCUGAAGGCCGGCGCCAACAUGGCGCGGCGGGAAGGCGACGAGCUGGCGCGUCUGCCCUACCUGUCCCUGUGGUUCCGCACAAAGAGCGCCAUCGUGCUGCACCUCAGCAACGGAACCGUGCAGAUCAACUUCUUCCAGGACCACACCAAGCUGAUCCUGUGCCCGCUGAUGGGGGCCGUGACCUACAUCGACCAGAAGCGGGACUUCCGCACGUACAAGCUGUCCCUGCUGGAGGAGUUUGGCUGCAGCAAGGAGCUGGCCAGCCGCAUGCACUACGCCAAGCUGAUGGUGGAGAAGCUGAUGGACAGCAUCCCCGCCGCCCACUAGGGGGGGGCGCCUCUCCAAACCUCGCCUUUUAUCUCCUUUCUGCCUGUUCUUCGCUGUUUUGGAACCACAUUGCAGCCUUUCAUCUCUCAUUUCUGUACAUUCCCUCUACUCAUUCUCUCUACUUCACUUUUUAAAUUCCUAUAUUUUAAAUGUUUCAUGUUUUCUAUUCAGAUGUAUGAACUCUACAUACUGAAUGUAUGUUGUAAAAUUAAUUUCUACCAGAGUUUAAAUAAAGUU